UGCCAUCGAAUUCGGUUUUAAAGAGAUGCUAGCUCUUUGGCUUGUUGUGGCUUUAAGUGUGCUCCUACACUGGCUCUAUAAGGUCAACAAAGAAUACUACAUUCUGGCUUUCUUGGCCAGAAGAAUCAAGACAAAGAAUGGCAAGCCACCGGAGAGUAUUGUCCCCCUGCCCAAGGGUCGCACCAUAUUUGCCAAUUGUUUCGAUUUUUUUGGUAAAAACAGAGUGGAAGUCUUUAAACAUAUUCGACGCAAUGCAAGAAGAGCAGCUGGUGAAAGUUAUAUUCUGUAUCGCGUCGGCAAUGCCAGCUACAAUGUGAUCGAUGCCCCAAAUGCCGAGUUUAUACUGAACCAUCCAAAUCUCACAACCAAAGGUUUUGUUUAUAAUUUCCUACAUCCAUUUCUGAAGACUGGCGUUUUGACAUCAAACGAAAGUAAAUGGCAUACCAGAAGAAAUAUGCUAACCAGGACAUUUCAUUUUAAUAUAUUGAAUCAGUUUCAAGAUGUCUUCAUAACCGAGAGUGUCAAGUUUGUAGACCAAUUUAAAGGCCUAAACUCGUUCAAUGUUUGGCUAAGUGAACCCCUAGCAAAAUUUACUUUGAACAGCAUUUGCGAGACUGCCAUGGGAGUUAAACUGGAUGAAAUGGCUGAAACUGGCGAUCGCUAUCGGGAAAGCUUUUACUUAAUUGAUAAAUGUUUUGUCCGGAGAGUGAGCAACCCAUUAUUUUGGGGCGACUUCUGGUACAACCUCCUGGCCGCCCACGGAUAUAGUGCAGCCUUAAAAGUGGUUCACGACUUUUCGAGUGAUAUCAUAGCCAAACGGAGGAUUCUUCUUGAAAUGGAACUGGAGUAUAGAAGGGCCACCCAAGAAGCCGACGAUGAUCUGCAAUGUGUUCCCAGGGGCAAGCCCUUUGCCAUGUUAGACACCUUGAUUUGUGCUGAAAAGGAUGGCCUGAUCGACCACAGUGGCAUUUGUGAAGAGGUGGACACUCUGAUGUUUGAGGGCUACGACAGUCCCUACAUUGGACUAACUUUUGCCCUAUUAAACAUGUCCUUCUACGGCAAACACCAGGAUAUUUGUUACCAAGAGAUCCAAGAGCACAUUGAAGAUGACUUGAGCAACCUAAACGUGACUCAAUUGAGUAAACUCAAAUAUCUGGAAUACUUUUUAAAGGAAACAAUGCGACUCUAUCCGUCCAUUCCACUCAUGUGCCGGGAAACUAUACAGGAAACAGAACUUUUUAAUGGACUAAUCCUGCCCAAGGGAUCUCAAAUUAGUAUUCAUGUGUUUGACAUCCAUCGCAAUCCCAAGUACUGGGACAACCCCAACGAAUUCCAUCCGGAACGUUUUCUGCCCGAGAACUAUCAAAAUCGCCAUACUUACGCCUUUAUACCAUUCAGUGCUGGGCAGAGAAAUUGUUUGGGUCAAAAGUAUGCCAUGCAACAGAUGAAAACCCUGAUGGUUGUCGUUCUUAAGAAGUUUAGAAUAUUACCAGCCAUGGAGCCCCAGUCCAUUAUCUUUCAAAUGGGCAUCAAUCUGCGGACUCAAAACAAAAUACAAGUCAAGUUCGUGAGACUGGCUCUGAGCGUACUCAUCCACUGGCUCUAUAAGGUAAACAAUGAGUACUACGUUCUGUCGUUCUUUGCGAGAAGAGUUCGAACCAAAGACGGUCGAAGUGUGAAUAGUGUGGUUUUUACUCCAAAGGGUCGCACUAUAUUCGGCAACUGUUUCGACUUGAUGGGAAAAGAUAAUGCCGAGGGAUUCCAAUACUUUCGGGAUUUGGCCAAGCGUUGCGGAGAGAGCUACCUCCUCCAUACGAUAGGGAAAGCCAGUUUCAACGUCAUAGACGGUCAGACGGUGGAAAACAUACUGAAUCAUCCAAAACUUAUCAACAAGGGAUUUGUGUACGACUUUCUGAAACCAUUCCUCAAAACUGGAGUUCUAACAGCUAAAGAAAAGAAGUGGCACACGAGGCGGAGUAUGCUUCAAAGAACAUUUCAUUUCAACAUACUUAAUCAGUUUCAAGAGAUAUUUAUAGCUGAAAGCCUUAAGUUUGUGGAUAAGUUUAAAGAACAAGAGUCAAGCAUCGUCUCCCUAAGUGAUCCCAUUUAUCGCUUUACCUUGAAUAGCAUUUGUGAAACUGCCAUGGGUGUUAAAUUAGACGAAAUGGGAGACGCUGGCAAACACUACAGGGAUAACUUCCAUCUGAUCGAUCAAGGUUUCGUGCGUCGAAUAAGAAAUCCUUUAUAUUGGGGCGAUUUUUGGUAUAACCUUUUUGCAGCCCGAGACUAUGCGGCUGCUUUGAAAAAGGUGCAUGAGUUUUCUAGUGAUAUUAUUGCCAAAAGGAGAAUUCUCUUAGAGGAAGAACUAGAGCACAGGCGUCUAAACCAAUCUGCAGAUGAUGAUAUCGGCUUUACUUCUCAGAAGCCCUUUGCCAUGCUGGACACUUUUAUUUGUGCUGAAAAAGAUGGUCUUAUUGAUCACAAAGGUAUUUGCGAGGAAGUCGACACUCUGAUAUACGAAGGCUAUGACAGCCCCUUCCAUGUGAUAAAAUUUGGCCUAAUGAACAUGUCUCUCUAUCCUGAUCAUCAAGAGGAUUGCUACCAAGAGAUCCAGCAAUUUAUAGAGGAUGAUUUAAAUAAUCUGGAUCCAAGGCAGUUGAAUAAUCUUAAAAAAUUGGACUGCUUUCUGAAGGAAACCAUGAGACUGUUUCCUUCUGGACCUAUUUUGGCGCGUCAAGUCGUCGAAGAAACAGAACUAGCCAAUGGCCUGAUCCUGCCCAAGGAUACCCACAUCAACAUUCACAUCUUCGACAUUCAUCGUAAUCCCAAGCACUGGGAUUCGCCAGAUCAGUUUAGACCCGAGAGGUUCUUAACUGAAAACUGCCAGAGGCGACAUCCCUACGCCUAUAUCCCCUUCAGUGCUGGACCAAGAAAUUGCUUAGGUCAAAAGUAUGCCAUGCAAGAGAUAAAAACUCUCUUGGUGGUCAUUCUUAAACAUUUCAAGAUUGUUCCAAUAACAAAUCCAGAACCUAUUGUUUUCCGAAUGGGAAUUCAGCUUCGCACCACAAACAUAUUAAAAGUCAAAUUUGUGAGAAGAAAAUAGCAUUAUCAUGUCGCAACCCAGAGACUAAAAAACCUUAGAUUAAAUAUGUUUAUUUUACGUUAGAUGGGACUCUCUUAAAGAUAACGACUCUUCGGUAGGCUAGUGCAACAAAAAUUUAUCAAAAUGCAAUAAAAAAUGUAGCUACACUAAGA